AUGUUCAGUCGCUUCCCCUGUUUCGUGGCUCACGCUCUCGCGAGCAAUGAGAACCGCACUACUGAGGGUCCACACUCGCUUGGGGAAUCCGAGCUGCCGGUUCCCCUCUCACACUCACACAGUCACUGCAACUCCAGGAUCCCUGACCCAGACCGAACGGUUCCCGCAAUUACUCACGCAUCCCGCGUCUUCGUCCGGACCUUUGUGCACAAAGUUUAUAGGGUCUGCCGGCUUCCCUUUGCUCCUAGCCACAAUUCUAUCAGCCACACUCUGGAAAUUACGCCAAUUUUCACGGGCCCAGUCAAGUACCUGUACAGAUGGGCGGGCACCCCUCCUGCUGUUCCCCCACAAGCUCAGGUCCAGCUCCACGAGAGCCUCCUGGGCUGCACCCCGGUGACUGACAGUGAGCUGGACACUGGUGUCCACCCAGCAGGACUUUUGGCCACCUGGGAGCAGAAGCCUCAGAGGACUUUGCUUCCCUUUCUCCAGGAGAAGGUCCAAGGUCACUUCUGGAGGGUGGAGAUGACCAGCCAGGAGAACCUCACCCAUGCAGAUGACCACAUCAGAGAAGGCCCAGGACCUUCCACCAGCUGCCAGACCAACCCCUACCUCUUUGGUGGACCUCAACCAGCCCAAGCCACCAUGACCCUGGAGUUUGUGGCUGUCCUCUCCAAAGCUCCCAGCCUGGAGGCAGGCUCCGAGAUCUGUGUUGUCAUCUACAAGGGACCUGGGACCUGCCAGGAGUUUGCCAGGAUGAAGGAGAAAAAAGACAAAGUGAUGCUGGGCAGCGCCAGGAUCCCCUUGGCCCAGCUGCAAGGGCCUCCCAUCCUCUACAGAUAUGCCAUCAUCAACCUCCGGGAGCUCCACGGCCAGCAGAGAAGCUGCCAGCUGGAGGAACUGUCUGGAGACAACCUGAACCCUCAGGAGAACCUCAAGAGCAGGAGAGGUCCUUUCUAUCGUGUCAUGGCAGUACCCCCAGAGGAGAUCAAAGCAGAUGGAACCUGGACCUUCUUUGAGCACAUUGAGUGCAGCUUCACCAGCAGCAGCUUCGGCUCACGUUACAAGGCCCAGAUGGAGCAUCUGGAGCGUGAGCUCUUGGCUCGCCCCAUCUCCUGGAGCUCCCUUGAGGAGAUGGAGAGGAGACUUGAGGGCUUCAGGGCCAGCACCAGGAUCUGUCUCUGGGACAUGGACAGAGGAGAAAAAAAUGAGUUCUACGACAACAUGGAGGAGGUGAGGAACAGUAUCAGGAACUUCCUACAAGGGAUCAUCAAGUGUCCCAAGUGGAAGGAGCAAGAACUUCUCAAGAUCCUGUUUGCUUUCCACAUCUCCAUUGGCUUUGAGAUCAGCCUCUCACCAGCCUCCAUCACUGAGGCUGAAGAUGACCUCCAGGCCCUCAGCUUUACUGAGGACAAAUAUAAGGCACUGAGAGAAAAAAGCAAGUACUUUCCAGCUCUGAAGAAGAUGUGUCACAGCACCACUCAGGGCACCUUGUGGAUCUGGUUGGUCCCACUGCUCUAUGCCAUGAAGGAGGAGCCAGGAGAGGACCCCCUUCCCCUAAGACACCUUCCACAGCAAGUCUUCAUCUACCUCAGGCAAGACAAAGAGAAGCAAAGAAAAAUCCAGAAGAUGAUAGUUGCUCACAAGACCUUGAUUGAAAGAUGCCCUCCACUGGCUGAGAAGGUGCUGCUGAUGGUCAGCAUGAAGAAACUUUCCAAGGGUGCUUUGCCUGGCACUCUCCUUCCACUCAAACUCCUCCUGGAGGCCUUGCACACACACAUCAUAGACAGCAAAGCAGGCUCCUUGCAAGUGACUGAGAAGCAUUUGAACCUGGCUUUGGAGAACAUUGUCUCCAGGAUGGACACCUGGCUGCAGAGCUUGUGCUCAUCGAGGUCUCCAAAGCCACCAAUGAGUCCCACGAUGGAGGAUGAGAUCUUGCAGUGUCUGAACUUGAUCCACCUCUUGCUGAUACAAUUCUUGAAGGACCAGAGGUCCUUCCACACCAUCAAGACCAUGCUGAAGAUGCUUGAGCUAUUUAAUGGCCAAGAGGACAUCCUGCCAGCCAGUAAGAAGUUCCAGGAGCAUAACAGAGGAGAAAGCUUCUCCCAGCUGUCCUACAUCACCAAGCCAUGGCUUGAGAAGUCCUUCCAGAAGAUGCCCACGGAGAAGAAAGCCUUCCUGAACAACAUUGAUGUGAGUGAGGAGACCCAGAGUCCAACUCUAGCCAACAACCCUUGGUGUGCCUUAAGGUCAGCUCAGGGUUGGACUAUUCCUCCACAGCAAUGGCAGGAGCUGCUUGCGGUGAAGAUUCUCUCCACGGAGUGGACUGGGGAUUGGAAGGUCUUGAUCCUGAAGAUGUUUGAGAGCUGGCUGCAGAAGGUCCCUGAGAAGCACCUGGUAGAGUUCUACCAAGCUUUCCUGAAGGAGGAGAACAAUCAUGACACAGAGCUGGAGCAGUGCUUCACCAGCCACAUCAUCCAGUGGAUCAGAGACCUUGACAAAUCUGAGGAAGCCCUGCUCAAAACCUUCAUCUCCACCUUCUCCAAGACCCAGAAACCAAAGGCAGUCUCAGUACUCUCUGUCCUGGUGGAGAAGAUGUGCUGGGAGGUGAAGAAGCUGAGGAGUGUGGACAGCUUUGAUGACACCACCGGCCCUGUCCUUGCAAACCUGCUCAGCAUCAGGGUCUGUGACCUCAUCUCUGCUGUCCGUGAGUGUCCUCUGGGUGCUCUUCUUGGAGAAGCUCUUGACGAGUGGGAGGUGAUGUGCAGAGUUCAGAUCAGUGACGCCGCCAAGCUCCUCCUGGCGCAGGUGUUCACACUCUCCAGCUUCGUGGGACACUCUCUUCUCCUGGGGGACCUUCCCUGCAGCAUCCUCAGAGAGAUCUUAGAGCAGAAGGAGUCCUUUAGGGACCUGGUGUGCACCUGUGAUCCCUCUUUCUGCAAAUCAAUGACCACAGUGCUAGAGGUCAGGCAACAAGAGUUUGAGCAGCUGGAGGAGCAGAAGCAGCAGAGAUGUUCCUUCCUCCGCCUGUGCCGUGGCAUUGAGGACAUCAUCAAAGUGGACAGAAGUGCCAUGGAGAAAAGCAUCGGGGACAGCGAAAGUUUCAGGGAGCAGAUGGUGGUGCAGAGGUUCUCCAUCGAUGGUAGGAGCGAGAUGGGCUCCCAUGUCCUCUCCAAGUACAGCCAGAUGAUGCAGAAGCUUCCCGUGGUGGAAAGGAGCCAAUGCUUCCUCAGGCUGUGGAAGAUGAGAGCAGAGCAAGGCAAAGCCACAAGCCCUGAAGACCAAGUCUUCUCUGUAGAAGAUGUUCAGGAGAAGAUCUAUAAACCAGCCAUCACCGACUUCCAGAGGACCUACAUGGCCCUCAGAGACUUCUCCAUCACCCUUGGGGAGGUGCAGAGCCAGUUUGAGAAGCUGCUGGGCAUGAAAGAUCAGCUCCUGGAGGAGUUUCUGGUCAUGGAGGAGAGUGAAGGGCAGAAGGGUGGAGAAGCUGCUUGGGUCACAGAGGCAGUGAAGAGGAUUGAGAACUACUUGACCCUCUCCAAGGUGGUGACCACAGCCAAAGUGAUUGAUGCUCUGCGGCAGAAGCUUCAGCUGGAGGGAGACUUCCAGGUUCUCAGUGACCUGACGAGAUACGUACGUAGGAGACACCUUGGGCUCUGGAUUGGCCCUCUUGGAAUCAUGGAAUCACUAAGGAGAUGUUCCUUCUGA